UUCCUAUUAGCUUAAUGCUGAUCUUCUUGGUUUUGCACUGUAGGUAAUGCAGUAGUGAUAUGAGAACUGAAAAUUACUGUUAUUUAUGCUAUUGCCUAAAUAAAGAUGAAGAAACUGAAAAUCAAUACAACUUCCACAGUUUGAAAGUUUGUUUUCAGAAUUGAAAGAGAUGGCCGAGGAGGACUUUAUUCCUCUAUCAGAAGAUGUCGGAUCCUUCUGUUGUGCUACUGAGACUCGUUCUGGGGCACAACAGCCCUUUCCACGCUCUCCGAAACUAAUCAGAAAACCAUCAGGAAUGUCUCCCAAACCUUCAGAGAUGCCAGUCUGGUUGGAAGAAUUAAAGAAGGAAAGAAAGAAAGCAGAAGCUCAUCUAGAAUCUAUUAAAAAGCGUCAAACCAACCUGAAUACGAGUUCAGAGACGAUGAAGCAGCGAAUACAGGAGUGCUAUGAGGCUCUGCACAUGGCUUUGCAGGAGGAUGAACGGGCUGUUUUGGACAUGAUAGAGCAAGACCGCAGGGAGACCAGCGGUAAACUAACCCGAAUUCUUCAAGACUGGAAUCAACAUAUCGUUCUCUUGCAGAAACACAUCAGCACUAUGCAAUCGGCCCAGGAGAGCCCAGCAGAGUCCCUGAAGCAACUGUUUCCUGAGGAUUUUAAGAUGACAAACUGUCGUAAGAAGCUGGACCCAGCUGAAGAGGAGAUCAAAAUGAAUGAGGAGAGGGUCCACAAGCUUAUGAAGACUCUUAGGAACAUCUCCAAAGAUCUGAAAGCCCAGCUCCAAAGAAAGAGUCUACUGCUGGAUUUCUCUAUUGUGGCAAUUGACAAACAGAGCUGCCACAAACAAAUCAAGGUGACAACAGAAGGACGAGGCAUGUGCCUUUCCGGGGAGGACGGCUCUGUUCCCGAUGACCCUCUGAGGUUUGAUCAGCUAUAUUGUGCCUUGAGCUGUUUUGCCAUAAAAACCGGUAAGCACUAUUGGGAGGUGGAUGUGCAUUGCUGUCCAGCAUGGGCUGUGGGCGUGGCUUACGGCAGCAUACAGAGAAGAGGGCGGGACAAAGCAGCCAAACUUGGACGUAACAGGUGCUCAUGGAGUCUCGAGUUUCAAGAAGGGCACCUCACGGCUUGGCACAACGAUCGACACGUGACGCUUCCCGUCACAUCAGCUCGUGCAGCACCGAACAGGGUGGGAGUAUUUGUAAACUAUACGAAGGGCCGUGUGGCAUUUUAUGAUGCUGAGAAUAUGAGAAUGCUGCAGGAGUUUUCAGCAUUUCAAAUGCCUGUGUUUGACAGAGCACAUCAUCAGUUUACUGAACCUCUCUACCCUGCCUUUCGCUUCUUUGCACCCAGAGACAAACAUGUAGGCCAUCGUCAUAUGGAGAUUUGUGAACUCAGCCUUUAAUCAAAUAUUCUUUGCUUAUACAGAGCCCAUUACAUACAGGAUCACCUUUCUGAUCACCACUAUAAUCAGAGCAACUAAGCAAUAAAAAGUAAUGAUAUAUUUAAUAUUUUUAGUCUACAAUUUUAAACUGUAUGCUCAAUAUGGUAAAAAUAUUGUAGAAACAGAGUACACCUGGACAAAAUAAAAUCAAUGUCUUUAAGAAUACCCCUUAAAAGGUAUUUGUUUUAUGGCUCUUUAACUUUGUAUUUGUUUGGAUACAAGUACAGUAUUAAGCUUUGUGUUAACUGUACCUGUAAUCAAUAUCCAGCAAUAAACUCUUCAUGGUA